UCACCAAAAGUUGCAUGUGUACUUCCGGUGUUUACUUCCUUCGUUUGUCACUCUUUCAGUUUGUGUUUCAUUUCUAAUUUCAAAACCCUUAUUUGUAGAACAAAGCGAAUGUUUUUCAACUUUUUAAUCAACUAUAGCAACUGGUGAUGGGUUGAGAUUGUGACUUUUCUUCUUAAAAGCCUAAUGAAAAAAAUUAAGAUUUACAUGUAAGGUAAAGAUUCCUUUAGAAAGUCGAAUAAAAAUAACUGCAUCCUACUACUGCUACUGCCUGCUACUGUAUGACAGCAUGGAAUAGGAGAAAACAGAGAAAUGUUAGAUGCCUAGUAGACUUGUCAUUAAAUUACAAACUAAGAAACGCAGAGUAACCUCAAUUAUGGCUGAAGGAGGGGAGAUGUCUAGUGGGUCAACUAAUGAUGUUUUCAGAAUGGAAGAACGACCUGAGCACGGGAUGAAAGUUCUUCAGGGGUUAAAUAAACUCAAACAGGAUGGCAUAUUGUGUGAUGUUACUCUCAUUGCUGAAGGUACCAGAUUCAACUGUCAUCGAGUCAUCCUGGUCUCCUGUUCAGACUAUUUCCUUUCCAUGUUCACUAGUGGUAUGCGGGAGUGCAAUCAGAAAGAAAUAGAACUGAAAGGGAUUACAGCCAAAGGGUUGGAGAAGGUGAUUGAGGUCGUCUACACCUCCACGACCACCCUGGAAGGUGACGACAUCUUUGAUGUGAUUGCCGCCGCCACACACUUGCAGGUCACGCCCGUGAUUGAGUUCUGCGAGAGGAACUUCCUGAGCGGGAUGAACACCACAAAUUUCUAUGACUUUAUUAACACGGCCAAGCUGUACAGCAUGCAGAACGCACUGAAACAGAUCGACGUUUUUAUCGCCAGGAAUUUAAUGCAGAUCGCCAAAGAAAAUACUCUAAACUUGCUGACCUAUGAUCAGAUGGUCAGUUGCUUGAACAGUGAUAAGCUUUGCUUUCGAGAAAUGGACAUUUUUCAUAUUACGUGGGAGUGGUUAAGGAUGGACCCCAAAAGGUUGUGCCAUGCGCCUACUCUGAUGAAAUUGAUCCGCUUUCCUCUCAUCAAUCCCGCUGAUCUAGUCCAUCAGGUUCAGAGGGUUGAUCUGAUGAUGUCGAACCCAGAGCUUCGGCAAAUGGUGUUGACAGCUCUCAAUUACCAUGUGGUCCCCCAUUCUCAACCUUUACUGAACACAACAUCCACCCGCCUGCGAUCUUAUGUGGAAAGAUUGGUAAGCGUUGGUGGACGUGAAAUUCAUCCCAAUCCAUGUCUUCACGAUGAGCUCCUGGUCUUUGACUCCAAAAUUACCUCAAGCAGUCUGCUUAACAGGCAGGAAAUAGCUACGCUACCUAGCGCACUAAGUCACAUGCAAGUGUUGGUGUACAAUAAUUUUCUCUAUGUUCUUGGUGGUUGCACUACGCAAUGUGCCCAUGGAGAAUCUGCUGUCAACUCUGUUCUUCGGUAUGACUCAAGGUUUGACACCUGGUUCCAGGUGUGCCCCAUGCUAAAUAAGAGAGCUUAUUUUUUUGCCGGAGCAUUGAACAAUAAAAUUUAUUCAGUGGGUGGUAAGUUCAAAGAUGGCAGUUUGGCCACCGCCGAAUGCUACGAUCCUGCUGAGAACACGUGGGAGCUGAUUUCCUCCAUGCCCAUGUCUUACCACGCCCAUGCUGGUGCCACUUACGGCAACCACAUCUUUAUAUCUGGUGGUUAUUCUGGCAACCACUUCACCCCUGACAUGCAGCGCUAUGAUCCCCUGGCCAAUGCUUGGGAGGACAUGGCCCCGAUGCUGACUCCCCGAGGCUGGCAUGUCAUGUGUGCUUGCCACGAUAAACUGUUUGUGUUUGGUGGCUGCAACCUGAACGUGAACCAGCAGGCUCAGCCGGUUAUGCAAUCAGAGUGUUAUGAUCCGGCUACUGACCAGUGGACAAUUGUGGCCCCGCUAUCAAUUUCUCAUAAAGAAGCGUCUUGUGUUGUGUAUCGAGACAACAUCUACGUUCUAGGUGGCUACAAUGUGCAGACAAAGACAGGACAGAAACUUGUUAGCAAGUACGAUGUGUUUUCAGGAAUCUGGGAAACAGUAGGGGCUCUUCCUCGCAGUCUCACCGGAGUGGGCUACUGCACUAUUAAACUUCCAUCUUAUGAUCCAGAGGAACUCCAAGGUGAAGGGGAUUAAUCGAUCUUGUGUUGUCUGCAACGGAAGGCUUACAUAUAUCCAUAGACACUGCAUACGUUAUUGUAUAUUUAUGGCCGUAUGUUCCAGUGAGUUUCCACUCUGUAUUUAAAAUAUUCAUCCAAAUAACAUGGAAGAGACACAAUGCAUCGGAUAUCAUUUCUACUGAGAGAACUGCUUUGAGAUGGAAGACCUGAUGGUAGGCUGAGAUAGUAUUGGUCAUCUAUAUAAGCUGAUUCUAUCAAAAGGUAGAAUAAUUUGUUUUGUUAAACUUGGUGAAACAUCAACAAACCAGAGUGUCGCAAACAAUGUGAAAUAGCACGCAAGUAUUGUGUCAUGAUUUUAUUUUGUGUCCAAUAGCCAUUUCAGUAAUAAGACACCACGCAGAAAGUCAAGAGAGAAUCCCGUCGAAAAUGGUGAUAGUGCAUAUAUAUAAUGGCAUCUGGGUUUUUUUUUAACAUAAUAUAUUUGUGGUUGCUUUCUAUCAUGAUGAGCCUUGUGUAGUCUCAGUGUAUAGAUCUCAUUGUUUACAUGUAUGGCUGUUGACAACUCACAAUAAAUGGUCCGCUUUGUUAAGUCAUUUGUAAACUAGUAAGUUUUUGGUGUCUUUUUUCUUGUAUUUUUUUUUUCUUUUAAAUUAAAUUUUUUAUUUUUUUUUGACCUUCAUUUUUCUAUGUUGGGUUAAACUUGUGUCUAAGAUCUCAGUUUUUUUUAAAUUUAUUGAUUGAACUGCCAUCUACGGAUAAGGUGACUUAGUUCUUUCUGCAUGACAAAUUGUCUGUUAAGGUUGUCCGAAUAGGACUUAAACCCAGUUAUUCUCGUUGACAGGUGCACACACUACAGCUGAGGCACCUCGUGAUCGAGCUGACAUUUUAAAAAUAGUAAACCUAACAAACAUAAAUCUCACAAAAAAGUUUGACACUACAAUAAAAUGUUUUUGUUGGAUACACUGUUUGUGGUUGUAGCUAAGCAGCUUGUCCCCAAGAAGCAUCAUAAUUCUUAUUCACCUCAGUAUAGUUACAGUAAUUUUUUCAAUAAGAUUUCCUUGUUUUUCUUUCUUCUUCUGUAUCACUAAAAAGGGAAACGACUAAUCCUAGUCUCAGGUGGGUCAGAUCUCCUAAGAGAUCAUUCCUUUGAGGGACGCCCUGAUGCCAGUGACUCAACAUGGGCCUACAGAUACAGAUGUGAAAAAUAUUUAAAGAGUAUUGAAUGCUAAUUUGAGAGUGGGAAUUGUCUGGAAUUUUGUAGCAGGAGUUAAGAUUGGACAUUGUUUUUAUAGGAGUAUGACAUGUUAGAUUUGCUUUACGUAUAAUAGGCAAUAUAGAUUGUACACUAUUGCCUGUAUGGAUACAACUUUAUAAUGAAAGUACAGAUCAGACUUUGUUUUCUUGUAAAGUACACAGGUCUUGAAUUAGAAAUUUUGACUAAAGUCAUUGAAGUUACUUGCCUGAGUCCGCCAGGGAAACCCAUGACUUGGCAGAAUUAAGGUCAUUGAUUAACAUGCUUGGCUAGACUGACCUGGGGACAUGCGUAGGAAGUAACGUCUGAAUUUUAUAUAAGAUCAAAUUUUGAUGCUCCAUUAUGAUCAGAAGUCAGUUUGAAAGAAAAGCACAGUGGCUACAAAGCUGCUUUGUUCUAGUGGCCCUAUCUAAACUUGUUUCAUAUCUAAAUAAGGCUCUCUGCUAGUUGUUAUUUUUAUACAAGAUUUGUUUUGACUUUUUUUCUUCUUGCAUUGUAUUCUCUUCUGCAGCUCAAUAUUUGAAGUUUUUUGUUUUUCUAUGUUAUUUUAACACAAGUUUUUAUUUAACUGCCAGGAAAUCCUACACAUUUUGAAUUCUAAGCUGUCCUGUUAGUUGGGGUGAAUAGACGGAUGUAGUUUGUAGGGUUGGACAGAAAGUUAGGGAUAGAUGCGUUUGGUUGUUGUCAUAAUGGUCCUGUAUUAGAACGCUGCCCACUUCCAUUCCUGAUGUCUUGUAGAAGGUUUGGGUUGGCAUAUAAUCUUUAUAACUAAAGGAACAAAAUGGAAACUUUUAAAACCAACAAAACAUCUCCAACUUACUGGUUAAUUGGUGAACUCAUUACAAACUUUGAUUGACGUUUGUAUCUAUUCUGGUUCUGACAUGAAAGAUUGUAAACUGGAAAGAGCUUUAGCCAAAGUAAACUGGACGUCGGUCAAGCAUAACAUGUGUAAGUCCUUUCCCUCUAGACAAUUAUUACCCAUUCAUGGCUGAGCGUUUCUCUGGGAUUCUUCAUCAUUAAGUAAGUUCCAUGAUGUCCAAAGGCCAUAUCCAGCCCAUUGUCCUUUGAGUCUUCUGAGUCUCAGUUCAUCAAUGGACGACAAUUUUUUUUUUUUUUGCCUGUUGGAAAUGUAUAGUAAUGCAUAUUUAUAUGCCAAAAAAAAAAGUUUUGGCACCCAUGUCUCGACUAAAUUGAAGAACUUAACUUGUCCAGUGUUCAUCAAUUCAGCAUAAUGGAUGUCUUGGUCGACCAUCUUUGUCCAUGAUGUGCUUUGGUUUCUAGAAAAAAUGAAAUUGAAAAAAAAAAUCUUGUUCUGCCCAAUUGUAUUACAAAGUUUCUACACACUUAAGCUGAUGUGAAUAUAUCUGUGUCUGCUACUCUGAUGUAUUUAGUGUAUAUGGUAUUAUUCUAACCUGCAUGUUGCCCAGUGUUCAACUGGGACAUUGUGAUAUAGCUUGGUUUUUUUUUUUUGACAUGUUCAUGUUCUGAUCUAGGUCAGUGAUAAGUGUGAAGUACUAGCUCAGUAACGUUACUGGAAAUGUUGUGUACAUUACCUGCCAACUACACUUUCUAUUUUUUUUUUCUUUGUUUGUACAUUACCUGCCAACUAUAUUUUUUCUUUGUUUGUACAUUACCUGCCAACUUUGGUACUUUUUUUCUUUCAAUAUGAUGUGCAGCACUUGCACAAUAAAUCCAACCAUGCAGUAUAGACAGUGUUCAUGUUUUAGUGUCUUAGAAUGUUGAUCAUGUAAUCCCAAGAGAAGACAAACCUUAUUUCCAUGUCAUCUUAAAACUCAUUAAAACUUUUUUUUUUUUUCUUCACUUAAGCCAUUUAAAAAGUAAUAUCCGACAGUAGGCUGCAUUGUUUUUUUUUUAUAUUUAUUAUAUGCAUUCAGUCUUAAAAUUUCAUCAUUACUAGGGCUAUUCACAUAAUUUUGUGUUAGACAAUCCUAGGAAUUAAAGAGACUACUUGAAUCAAACAAAAAAAAAAACAAACUUUUAUUUGCGUUCAGAUUAUCAAAGCAUGUGGUAUCUUAGUGUUUCUGUCCAAAAGUCAGGCAUUGUUAGAACUAAGACAUAUACACGUAAGUCUAGUGCUUCCUGGCAUUGCCUAGCGUAUGUUGACCUAGUGCUGACAUGUAGCCAGGUCAUCUUGACCUAGUGCUGGCAUGUAGCCAGGUCAUCUUGACCUAGUGCUGACAUGUAGCCAGGUCAUCUUGACCAGUGCUGACAUGUAGCCAGGUCAUCUUGACCUAAUGCUGACAUGUAGCCAGCUCAUCUUGACCUAAUGCUGACAUGUAGCCAGCUCAUCUUGACCUAAUGCUGACACAUGGCAAGCACAGUGUGACCUAGUUCUGGCGUAUUGCCUACACCACUUUGGACAGUUGAAACUCAUUGGAUUGCAACAGUGUGAAUACAUUACAAUCAAUGUUCAUCAUUUAGUUUGUACUGUACAAUGUUGAUGCUGUGUGUCUAGUUACUUCAGUUUUAAAGUGAAUUGUUAUCAAUUGUCUUGCGUUUAUAAACAUUUGAAUAUCUUUUAA